AUGUAUUAUCAUCCACAAAAUAAUAAAAUGAAAUUAAAAGACCUCCCAGUCAUAAUCGCUCCUGCUCCUCUGGCAGUUUUCCUGAGCUCUCUUCUGACAAUUUUUCUAGUCAAAUUGGGUGACUCAUCAUAUAUAUUAGUCUCUUUCCUUACCCCGACAAGUCCUAAGUCAGCUGUAUUUUCAGGCUUCUUUUUUACAAUGACACUAAUUACAGUUGUGGCUUCAUUUCUAGGCGGACUAUUAGCCUAUUUGGUACCUGCACUUUGAAUAAGAGCAAUAUCGGGAAUCAUCUUUUUUAUAUUGUCCAUUGCUUCUUUCUAUCAAGCAUUUUUUAUCACAGUUAAAUCAAGUGAGGAGCAGAUGGAGCCUUUUAUAUCUGACCAAAAUUGGAGGAAAACUUUCAAAAAGACAGGCUCAAGGAUCUUCGCAACUUCAUGGUAUGAAAAGCCUAUAUUAGCUGUUUUAAUGCUUUCUGCACUAGGCUAUCCAUUUUAUGUGGCCCUUGGCGCUGUAGCUGCAUAUGCUGCGUUAGGUAUUCUUGCAGUCUUUAUAGGAGGAAGUUUAAAAGAUCAAGUUUCUGUGAGGCUUUCUCAGAUUUUAUCAGGAGUCAUUUAUCUAUUAUGGGCAAUUGUUGUGCUGAUAUUAGGAGUGAUUUUUAUUAGAACCCUUUAG